AUGGAGGCAUUAAAUAACCCUAUGUCAGCACCAUUUUUUUCAUUUGUGGUUAAAGUAAUAGGAAUAUGGAUUAUAUUUUUUGGAAUUUUAAAAUUAAUUUAUAUAAAAUAUAAAGAUCAAAUUGAUAUAGAUGGAUUUUUAGAAAGAACAAAUUUAAGUGUUCAAUUAUUUUAUAUUGGUUUUUCAACGACUAGAUUAAAUUCAAUGAUUAAAUCAAUUUCGAAUGGAAGAUAUGAAAGAUUUUGGUAUUAUUGGUUUAAAAUUGGAAGUUGGGUAUCAUUAUCAUUGUUACCACUUUCAAUUGGAUUAUUGAUUUAUAAUCUUUUCAUUAUUUUCAUUAAACCUACUGGUAUUGAACCAGUUAUUAGUCCAAUUGUACCGGGUGUUAAUGUGAAAGGUUCAGAUUCUUGGUAUCUAAUAAUUUCAGUAUUAAUAAGUAUGAUCAUUCAUGAAUUAGGUCAUGCAAUUGCAUCCUAUGUUUCAAAAUGUGAAAUUAAUAGUAUAGGUUUCUUCUUUUUAUUUAUAAUGCCUGGUGCUUCUGUAAAUUUAGAUUAUAUUGAAUUAGAUAAAAUUAGUUUAUGGCAAAAAUUAAGAAUUCAGUGUGGUGGUGUUUGGCAUAAUGUUGUUUUAUGUAUUAUUGGUUAUUUAUUAUUAUCUUCAUCAUCAUUUUUAUUAUCACCAUUAUAUAAAAUUUCAAAUGAUAAAUUAUAUAUUACUGGUAUACCGAAUGGAUCAUUAUUAGAAAGAAAUUUAAAUAUUGGUGAUCAAAUUUUAUCAAUUAAUGAUUGUAAAAUUAGUAAUAGGAGUGAUCUUGUAGAAUGUAUAUAUAAAGAAUUGGAUAAGACUAGAUCAUAUUGUAUUUCACAAAAUACUAUAACAUGUUUAGAGAAUGUUUUUAAUAAUAAUAAUAAUAAUAACACAAAUGUAAAUUUAAGUAAUGCAAAUAAUAAAAAAAUUAAUUUAAUAAAUCAAAUUGAUAAUGAUAAACGAUUAAGAGAAUGUUUUGGAAUUAAUGAUGCGACAACUUUGGUUGAAUGUGUACCUGUUAGUAUUGAUUCCCCAUCAGAGUGUGCAAAAUCAAAAAAAGAGUGUAUCAAUUUCAAUCAAUUCAAUUACCAUAUAUUUCAUCUUAAUUUAUUAAGUCAAGAUUUUGAUAAUGUUGAACAAUUAUCAUUUUUAGGUACUGCUCAACAAUUAUGGGAUUCUUUUAUUGUUAAUAAUUAUCAAAGUAGAUUUGUAUUUUUAAAUGGUUGGGAUUUACCAUGGUAUUUUAAUCAAUUCUUUAGUUAUUUAAUACCCGUUUCAGCUGGUUUAGCUGCAUUUAAUGCAAUUGCGAUACCAAAUAUGGAUGGUGAACAUAUUUUGGAAACAAUAUUAUCAAUUAUAUUUUUAAAGUUUGGUGGUAGUGCUUGUGGUAAUGAUAAAAAGAAUUCACCAAAUAAUAAAAUUAAUAAGACAAAAAUUAAUAAUACCAAUAAUAAUAAUAAUAAUAAUAAUAAUAAUAAUAACAAUAGUAAUAAUAAUAAUAAUAAUAAUAAUAAGGAAUCAUCAUCGUCAUCAGUUUUAUCAAAAAAAGAAAAAAGAGAAAGAUUAAAAUUAAUUAUUUCAAAAGUUAUUAAAGUUUCAACGAUUCUAUUGUUUGGUUUAACAGUUAUUUUAUCAUUUUAUAAUUUAAAAUAUCAAAGAUAA